AUGGAUGAUAAUCCAUUGUACGGCGGAAGGCCAAACAACCUCCAGCUCAUGGACGAGCAUCGAAAGCUGAGACAACACGUCAACAAAUACGGCAAGGAACUCGAGCUUCUUUGGCGCACAUUCGACCAGAAAAAGCGAGAGAGGUUAGUCAAUGCCGCCAACGCCGAUGACAAUGCCCUAAAGCAUCGAGGGGACAAGUCUUACAAGCGCCACAUGUUUUUCCCCGAGUGGAACCUCCGCGAAUUGUGCAAGCCCGGGUCGGAUUACCUGUUUGACCUCAUGCACCAGCGCAGCAAACCGGACCUCAUUGAUCAGUACCGGAUAGAGAAAAGUAUGCGUGAUAAUCGCCUCAACGUUCCUGGACGCUUCCCGAAAUCUUGCUACAUUAUGUUCGUCGACAGCUCGCAGUACGGAACGGCCACCCAACUGAGCACACCUGAACAGAGAGAUGCCAUGCAAUUAGGGAUCAGCAUGGGAAACAUCGUACCCCAAGAUGUUGGAGAAAUGAUUCUGCUCCGGCAAUUAUGGACCAUGCAAUCGCUCAAUGACUUGGUGGAUACAAUUAUUGCCGAUGUUCAUGCGGGCGAGGCUGCCAGAAGUGGCUCUAGCCGUCAGUCAAAGACCUCGCAACAGCAGACUGACGACUUGAUUUUCGGCAAACGUCCAAAGAAGCCGAGCAGCACAGACACAGAGGAGAUCACGGAGAAAACCAUAGAGGAACUCUUGAAGCUCAACAUCGGUAGAGAAUCGGAGGCGGACGAGUCUCCAUUCGCCCCAUUAAACAACGCUGCGGAAGAACAAGUGAGGGCUCAUGAAGUGUAUCUUUCUAUGCUCGCAACGGAAGAGGACAUGUUCGCUGAGGAUGUUCACCGAUGGUUCUCUAGUCGAUCAGAGCUUGUGGCUGAUGACAAGGGUCGCGCUCUUCCGUUACAGGCCGACAAACACAGCAGCGGCGCGGUUCUGGACGCGGCUCAUAACGCGGUCAAGAAUGUCAUUGUUUGGUCGUGGAUCGAGUCUCAGAUCGCUGACCUCGAUUACGCAGUCACCGAGGCACGUGAUCAGAAUCAACAUGAACAUUACGAUAAAUUUUAUCAAUCGAUCUGUCUCCAGGAACUCUCUAAUGUCUGUAACUAUGAGUACACCCGGACUCAAUCCCUUUUAAGGUGGAAUCUGUCUAAGGGAUCCAAGCUGAUGAAGAGGGUAACCAACGGCCUCGACCCCGCUGGAAAUUAUGCACUCAAGCUCAGGGGCAAGCCCCAGGAGUUCAUCAAGAGUGAUCCACAGCUUCACAUUCUCUUGACCCUUUGCCAACCCGAGACCACAGCAGCCAAAGCCGUUUCGUGGCUCAAGAAGCUGGGAGAUUUGUACCAAAAGAUACCCCUCGAACGUGAGAAGUUCUCUGAGGAAGUGAACGCGACCAAGGCUAUCUCGAUGCCUCCUCCUUCGCGCAGAAAGGGCCAGAUGUUGAUUAUUCGGGCGCAGGAACUUGAAGCUGAAAUCAACGAACUCAAGAAGGAUCUCGACCUGAGCGAAUUUGCCGUCCCCGUUAGCAAGCUCAAAGAGCAAGGCAAAACAGAGGGGGCCUUGAAGCGUCUCGACGAAUUUCUUGUUGCUGAGGCCGGUGCUAAGAUGAGCGACCUGUACAGUGUUAUGUUGACUGAAUGCGGGUCCUACUUUGGCGAGCAGCACAGAGACGCCAAGGCCAAAGGGAAGAUGGAAUGGACACCUCUACCGAUCGAUACGCCCAAGACUAGGGAGGAGGUUAUUGAGCUCCGCAGAACUUCGGCAAAGGAUAACGCUAAAGACCCGACUGAGCCUACAAAGCUCUAG